AUGUCAACCACCGCAAAGCCAUCGCCCGAUCUGCUCUCCAUGCCCAAUGAAGUUCUUGCCAACAUAUGCACUUACGCCACUGAUGGUGAUGAUCUCAGAAGUCAAUGGCGUGAAGGAAAGAGCUGGCUCAAGGCUGUCAGGCUCACUUGCAGACAACUUUAUAAUUCAGCUACGACUGAGUUCGCCGACAGGUUCCUGACAACUCUAUAUGUCAUGGGAGCUCGUGUCAGCCUGGAAACACUACUCAAGAUCUGCGAACAUCCAUUGAUUGGUCCUCGGAUUCGAAACAUCUCAUUCUACGGUUGCCGACUAAAUCGAGAUAUGCUAUCAUCCUUGAGAAGAGGAGUAGAUUCCAGCUUUCGUGGAGGAGACCUACGAGACAUCCGCGAGGCUAGAGCCAGACUGCAGGCAUUCCUGGACUUUCUGGAGGAGGAAGUGGAGCUAGAACAACGCGCGGGUAUCUGGUUCCUGCUCGUAAAAGCACUCAGAGCUAUCCGAGGAUAUGGAAAUCCAGUCAGUCUGGCUGUAUUCAAUUACCCAGACACAGAUCCACAGAUGCUUGGUUACCAAGAAGUUCUCGAGCGAGUCUCAGAGGACCACCGCGGAAGUGGAAUCGAGGACGUACUCACUCGCGACGGCAUCAGAUCUUCGUUUGACACUCUCUUCUCCGCGGCAGCCCGAAGUCAAUGCCGCGUGGAGGGACUCUCGCUAGAUGUUCGCCACUCAUGGUGCGAGACCGACUUCCCGCAGAGGAGGAUGGACAACGGUUUCUGCGCCCACAGCAGUCAAGUUUUCCUCAACUUGAAGGCCUUGGAUUUUACGGUAACUGCGGACCUCUUCAUAAACGACCUUGAUGGAUUGUUGAGAAGCUUUCUCUCCCUCAGCAAAAACUUGGAGAGUUUAUACCUCGCCUGCGAUUGCGACCUUGAGGAUAAGAGCACAUCGUUUGGCAGAGCUAUCGAGUCAUUCCAGUCGGACUGUCUGCGUCAUGCCGAUAUUGGAUGUGGAAUUUGCUCCCAAGCCGAUCUUGUGUCAUUCCUAGGCAGGCAUAAGUCUACCUUGAGAGAUCUUCGUCUUUCAUUUGUGACCCUGGAAGGCUCGUGGGAGGAGAUUAUGCUUUGGAUCUGGGAUCAAUGUUCUCUCAAGUACUUGAACAUUCUGCAGCUUUACGCAUAUGACAAGGACGGACAUGAAGUAUUGUGGGCUGAUAGAGAGGGGUUUUCCGAUGUUCUCUCUCAACUGAACAAAUUGCUAGACGACAAGCGGGGGAAGCAGACAGAACUUGAUAUAGCGAGGAAGCUGCAACGGGAUCUAGGAAGUCUGAAGAAAGAUGGUCCAGAGCAAAGCAGAGCAGGAGCGGCUGGAGGCGAUGGUUCGUUCAGAGAUAUCAAGCGCACAUCAGAGGUGCAAACUUCCUCUAGUCCUUACGCAUCACUGCCUCAAAACCCUUCUUCCACUAGUGCGGCAAGCGUUCGAUUACUUGCUGCAGAUCCUACCAACUCACCUAGUAGGAAAGCUCAACCUCUACAUCAUCUGCACGCACCGACAUCUUCCAGCAUGUCGACCGGAUCUGAACCCCACGCCGCUUUGCUUUCUCUACCGAACGAGAUCCUUACCAAUAUCUGUGCCCAUUCUGUUGACACGAAACAUUCCAUGCGCGGCAGAAAUUGGCUGCAAGCAGUCCGCCUCACUUGCAAGCAGCUCUACGCUCCAGCCACCGAGGAGCUUGCGAAGCGGUUCUUCAAAAGCCCUGCCGUCAUGGCGUCUCGAAGAAGCCUACAAAGGCUAGCUGCAUUGUGCAAGCAUGAUCUGAUCGGACCAUACAUUCGGGAGAUCAUCUUUUAUCCUUGUCGGUUGGACACGAAGUUUUUCGGAGAGAUUCAGCAUGAACUCGGAAGGGGAACAAUGACCAGAGACCUAGUGGUGGUUGCCAAGGUCAAAAAGCAUAUCCAAUGGUACUUGAGAAGACUUGAGGAUGAGAUACGUUUGAGAGAUUCGGGCGAUGCUAAGGCGUUCCUUGAGCGAGCCUUUAGCGCCCUUCGAGCAUAUCGAAAGCCCAUCAAGCUAAUUGCGACAUUAAGAAUGUCGCUCGAUGUCAUGUCUACUCACCAAGAAUGGGGAGACAGCCAACCUGGAAUGGAAGAGUUGCGAUCGUUCUUGGUGACUGCGUUUGCUCCUGGUGGUGGCUUGGAAUUCAUCUCAACAAUAUUCGAAGCUGCCGUCGCAGCUGACAACCAGAUACACACCCUGGGAACCAAGAUGGACACUCCGAGAUACUCUCUUAGGCGUAUCAGGUCAUCCGAAGAUACAUCCCUAUCCUGGCAGAGUGCUCAGGCCGUCGCCCGGUUGGAAAGGCUUCAAGUUGACCUCGGAGGCUCCUCCCCAGAGGGGACAAUUGAGAAUAUCCUAGUGGCAAUCGUUUUUAACGCCAAGGAGCUCAAAAGGGUUGUCUUCUUUUCCAGUCCUCGCCUCGUUAUGGUCAAUCUCUUUGCUGCUAACGAGCAUGAAUUCAGAAGUGUGCAGGGUAAUCCGAGGAUCAACAAGUUACUCGAAUGGGGUAUCGAGAUGAGAGGGAAUGACAAGGUGACAGCUGGCAUUGAUGAAGUUCUCAGCCAAUUGAAUAGACAAAGAACAGAUCCUGACUACAAACCGAGCUGGAGAAGUGCAAGCGAUAUGGGUCACUUGGCGUGUCCUGAGGAUUGA